CAGUGUUAAACGCGCCACAGCGACGCGCGCGUGUUAUGAAACAGUGAUGACCCACAACAUGGAGGGGGCGCACGAGGACGAGGGCAUCGCCGCCGACCGCCGGCCGUCCGACGAUCAAGACCUUUCCGAUACGGCGUCCGACGCCGGAUCCGGCGGGAAGGAUUCCGGCUGCGAAGUCGCUCCCGAUGCGCAGGAGCCGCCCUACACGCCGCCGGACGAGGAGCUCGCCGCGCGCAUCGUCGCACAAGUCGAGUUUUACUUUUCCGACGCGAACAUCACUAAGGACGCCUUCUUAUUGAAGCACGUCAGACGCAACAAAGAGGGCUACGUGUCCCUCAAACUGAUAUCGAGCUUCAAACGCGUGAAACACCUCACCAAGGACUGGAGAGUGGUCGCCGAAGCCCUGAAGCGGUCCACCAAACUGGAGAUCAACGAGCAAGGCACGAAGCUGCGUCGGACAGAACCGCUGCCGCCCUACGACGAGACCACUCCAUCCCGGACAGUCGUGGCCGUCCGGAUGCCCAUCGAUCGUCCGAGUGUCGAGAACGUAUCUCGUCUGUUUGCUCCCUGCGGCGAAAUCGCUUUGGUGCGCGUCCUCAGACCCGGGAACCCGGUGCCGGCGGACGUGCGGCAGUUCCUUAAUAAGAAUCCUAGUUUGGUGAACUGUGUGUGUGCUUUAGUCGAGUUUACUGAGUCCGAAUCUGCUAGAGAAGCUUUACGUCUCCAGGGUCCCGAAGAAGACGGUAUGAAGGUUUACGAAUUGAACGGGGUGCCCCGGGAGCCGAAGAGGAAGGUGCCGGUGCGUCGAGCGCCGGUCCGUCGUCACGAGUGCGAGUAUUCGUCCUGCUGCAGCGGCUCCGAGGCCGAAUACGAGUUCAGAUACGGCGCGGCUCCGUUCUACAGACGCAGCUCGAGCGGUUACUUCGCGCCGCGUCCGGCCGAGAUCCAGACAUGGGUGCCUCGGAGGGCGUCCACUUGCAGCCACAGUUCAGAUUCAGGGGUGUCUGUGUAUUGUGGAUCGCGGCGGGCGUCGCAGGCGAGCACGGGCAGCGCGAGCAGUGCCGAGGGCUGGCUGGCGCGGAGGCUGUCCGGCUGUUCGCUGGGCGGGGGUGGGGUCGGGGAGUGCGGGCGGCGGCUGUCGUGCGCGCCCAGGUACGAGGCGCGCGCACCGCUGGUGCCCGACGGAACGCGCGGUUUCCACGCGGCCGCGCGCCAACGCCGUAUCUCGGACCUCGCGUUGUACUCGCGGUAGAAAGCGCUCGGCAACCGUGACACCUUUCUAAUAACGUUGGAUAACCGCCUUUCACGUUCGACGAGGAAGCGAUGAAAUUGUGAUCGCGUGUGUUCUAGCCGUAGGGAUUGUUUUCCUAUAUUGGAUUACGGAGCGUCGCGAGCGUUCCUUGAAUUGUGAUCGAGAGUAAGCUCAUUUAGUAUUUAAGGGAAACUGUGUUUUUAAUGUUAAUUUAUAAUGUGUACUUUUUAAAUGUAAUUUAUUUAGAGUUUAUUUAUUGGUGUAUUUAUUGCGUGGUCGUGUGCGCGCCGCGGUGGAGUUUUCUUGAUGGUGCUGUGUCAGUUGUAGCACAAAUAACAGAAGCAAAUCGCCGUACCGCGAGCGUAGACUCGUCACUAUCACCUGGAGACGGUUCGGGUCGGAACUGACCGAGUGAUAGUUGCGUAACAGAUAUGGAAACGUACAUAAUAUAAUAAUAAAGUGUAUGCGGAACGAGUAAAAGGCUCGGGUAGUCUCUAUACUGUGAUACAUCACUGCGGCGCGUAAGGCGUUACUAACACUAUGAUGAUGAUUUUUUUUCUUGUAAACUAAAUAAGUCACUAAUUAUUUUAAGUCAGCCGCGCCAUGUCAUGUUUCCCAUUAUUUUUCUAUGUUUUAGUUUUAAGUGUUGUGAUGUAUAUAGGUUUAAUAGCAGAAAGUGAAGUGUAUUUAUUAUCCGAGGAGGUUUUAUUUAAUAUGAGCACAAUUUAUUUUGCUUCGAUGUCUCACCUCCUCAUUUUGUAUUUCAAGAACAUAGAUUAAAAUUAAUAUAUAAGAUUUUGGAGAUACAUGUUGUUUUGUUUUUUUUUUGGGUCGGUCGUCGACCUUGCUUUUCGAAAGUAGGUUGGUUUUGACCCCGGCUCGCCUUGACUAAUCGAUCCUCCCACAGU